GGUCGCCAGCGAGCUUACUAGGCGAGGCUUGUGUGCCCACUCCCGCCCUGGUCCUCAGUGCCCACCCGGUCGGCCUGGCACAGCCAUGAUCAAGGCAAUCCUAAUCUUCAACAACCACGGGAAGUCACGGCUCUCCAUGUUCUACCAGCCCUACAGUGAAGAUACACAACAGCAAAUCAUCAGGGAGACUUUCCAUUUGGUAUCUAAGAGAGAUGAAAAUGUUUGUAAUUUCCUAGAAGGAGGAUUAUUAAUUGGGGGAUCUGACAACGAACUGAUUUAUAGACAUUACGCAACAAUAUAUUUUGUCUUCUGUGUGGAUUCUUCAGAAAGUGAAUUUGGCAUUUUAGAUCUAAUUCAAGUAUUUGUGGAAACAUUAGACAAAUGUUUUGAAAAUGUCUGCGAACUGGAUUUGAUUUUCCAUGUAGACAAGGUUCACAGUAUUCUUGCAGAAAUAGUGAUGGGGGGAAUGGUAUUGGAGACAAACAUGAAUGAGAUUGUUACACAAAUUGAUGCACAAAAUAAGCUGGAAAAAUCUGAGGCUGGCUUAGUGGGAGCUCCAGCCCGUGCUGUAUCAGCUGUAAAGAAUAUGAAUCUUCCUGAGAUCCCAAGAAAUAUUAACAUUGGUGACAUCAGUAUAAAAGUGCCAAACCUGCCCUCUUUUAAAUAAAAAAUGUAAAAAGGUCACUCCCAGGUAAAAUCCAGGGGGAAGAGUCAUCUAAGUUUACCAUGCAGUUGUUUACCAAAAAUAAAGGAGGAGAGUCUUAACUUUUGCUCUUGGAUUUAAAUCAAGGUACCGUAUAGAAGUUGUGUAAAAUCAGUAUGAAAGUUCAAUGUUGCUUUCCUUGCUCAGUGAUUUUAAAGAAAUUGGGUAGUUCCUAUAUGAUUUUUUUUUGCUUUUCUAAACUGCAUUCGGGUGUCCACCUACGGCAUGCCUCUAUGUAUUGGCUACUACAGUGUUUUAAAAAGUGCUUCAGAUAUUUCUUUAAUUAUGUACAACCU